UGGAAGAAUGCAGUUCUUGUGUUUACUCUGGAGCAGGUGGGCUAAUGACACAUGAAAUGAGAAUGGAUAUAAUAUGUGCAUUUCUUGCUUAGUUUUAUUCAUUUAUUUUUUCAUUCAUUCUUUCUUUCUUGCUAAACUAGUACAUCAUAUUGAAUAUUAUCAUACUAAAGGUUGUUUUAGUAUCUGCGAUUGCAAUAAUUUGGAAAAUGAUGAUGUAGCAUAGGCAUGCUUAAUUUUGUGACAGUAUCAGUAGAAAUGAAUCAAAAACCUGCUCCCACAAAAUUUAUAUAUCACUCACAUACACACACACACACUUGAAUGUCAUCAUACCUGUAGUCUCUGGUGAGCAAUGAAGUUGUGUUGCCUGGAAACCAUUGAGCUCCACUUUCAUUCUCCAUUCAUUCUCCAGUCACUCUCAAUUCAUUCUCCUUUCUUCUCAGUUGGUUGUUCAUUUUGAGACCAAAAGCAAACAGGACCCAAACUGUGUGGCUGAGCUGCCCAUUCCUCCUUAUACUUGGUUGAUUUUUGAUGGUGUAUUUUUUUUGGUGUUGUCAAUGCUGUGCACCGUUGGGUGAAGACAUGAACAGGCAUGUUCCAGAUAGCAGGCUGGAAGCUUCUUCAGCAGUGACAGGGUUAACCCGUUGCUCCUCCCAGAAGCCAACCCCACAGCGACGGUUUUGUUUGCUCUUUAUUUUAAGUGUCAGAUGAUAAAAUCAUGUCAGUACUUAUCUGCCAUCUACUGUCCUUAGCCCUGUGGCAUAUGCUAUAGCUAUUGGCCCAGGGCUAAUCACUUGGUGAGAAAUGAGUCAUAGGUAUGUGUACAUGAAGGAGGCACUGAAAACCAUAUUGGUCUGACAUGCUUUUGUUUCAGUAAUUUACACACAUGACCUGUAUGGUCACCAGACUUUAUAUUGAGACAUAUAAUUUUGUUCAUUAUUCAAAUUGGUUAAGAAAUCUUAUUCAUUAUAUAACAUCUAGAAUACACUUCCUUUCAAAUUUACAUUACUUAAAUGUUAUAAUCUGAAUCUCUCUAUAUUAGAAAUGUAUUAUUUGAAUUAUUAAUCUAAAUAUGUACUGUACUUGCCAUUUGAGCUGCUUAUACAUUUCUGUUUCUGUUAAGAAUGUCUAACAUACUUGCUUUUUUUGGGGUGUAUGUUUAUCUGCAUUUUUGUAGGAUUUGUUGAUCUUUUGAUAAUCUGACUGUAAGACUAGCUGGCUGGACUGGAGACAUGUCUGAACAUGCCUGCUGAGUCGUGUGGGAGGGGUGUGUGUGUAUGAGAGAGAAAAACCACAGUAAAGUGCAGUCUGCAGGUCAGCGUGCAGCAUCCCAAACCAGUGCUUCCUGCCACUAGAACAAUCUUCUAAGGAAUUUAAAUUGGUGAAGAAAUUCAGUCAUCGUAUUUUUUUGAGAAAAACGAAGAGUACUCUCCUGAUCUCAAUAAGCUCUUUUGCCAGUUGGCCAAAACAUGUCCUGUGCAGAUGGAGGUGAAUUCACUGCCACCACUAGGGGCAGUGCUGAGAGCCACAGCCGUUUAUAAGAAAUCAGAACAUGUAGCUGAGGUGGUGCGUCGCUGUCCCCACCACGAGAAGACACAGGAGACCAACAACGGACUGGCCCCUCCUGGCCAUCUGCUGCGUGUGGAAGGGAAUUCCCGUGCCAUCUAUCAGGAAGACGACAACACCCUUAGACACAGUGUCCUUGUGCCCUACGAACCUCCACAGGUGGGUUCAGAGUGCACCACCGUGCUGUAUAAUUACAUGUGUAACAGCAGCUGUAUGGGAGGCAUGAAUCGCAGACCCAUUCUUACCAUCAUCACCCUGGAGACACAGGAUGGUCAGUUGCUGGGCCGUCGCUCGUUUGAGGUGCGAGUGUGUGCAUGUCCUGGGAGGGACAGGAAGAUUGAGGAGAGCAACUUCAAGAAGCAACAGGAGGCCAGACCUGCCAGCAAAACCCCUGGCCCCGCCAAGCGCAGUGAGUCUCUGCAUGUGUGUGUCUCCCUGUCUGAGGAAGCAUGUGUCCGGCUGUCCUUAAGCACAUCUGGUAAUCCUGUACAUAUUGGCUGCGCAGACAUGCCCCCCCACCCCGAAGCUAGUAAGAAAGCCAAGACCAGCAGCACCAGUAACGAGGAGCUCUACACCCUGCAGGUGCGGGGUAAGGAGCGUUAUGAGAUGCUUAAGAAGAUCAAUGAUGGACUUGAGCUCAAUGACAUGGUGCCCCCUGCUGAUGUGGAGAAGUACCGCCAGAAGCUUCUCACCAGAAGCAGGAAGGAGAAAGAUGGCGCUGCUCCAGAGCCCAAACGUGGCAAGAGACUGAUGGUGAAAGAGGAGAAGAGCGACUCAGACUGAGACACAGAGAGAGAGAGAAUCAACCCCCCCCUUCCUUUUUUGUCCUGUCUAAAGAGAAGAAAUUGGUUUGUAAUGUUUGAGGGGUUGAAGAGGGGUGUACAGGGUUUGAGGUGUAAAUUCUACACAGCAGUCUCUUUAUGUUCUUUUUUAAGUGACCCCUGACCCCUACUCCCUUGAACUUCCCACUACUUGUUCAGUCAAGGGUUGUUCCACUUGGCGUAAACAGGGGGUACUUGGUUGUGUCCUGCGGCUGGACUGGUUUCCUGAGCCGUGGUAGUGCACAGACAGGUGCAGGAAGGUCAAUGAGCUUUUCACAAUUUUUUAAAACCUCUUUUUCUAACUACUGCAUAGAGAAGUUUCUGUUAGUGUUUUAUCACAGUAUUUUUUUUUUUCCUUUUUCAGAUUUUUUUUUUUUUUAAAAAAAAGGAACACUGCUUAGCUAUCAAUGCACAUCUACUCAAAGAAGAUAAAACUGUUAAUUCCAAAUUCAAAAGAACAUCUCAGGUGCAUCUAGAAAAUCCAUUAUGUUAGUUUGAAGUGGCUUUUAUUCUGCCUGCCUCCUUUUAAUGGACCUUGUUUAUGAAUCUGAUUGGUCAGAUGAGAAAUACCCCCCCCACACACACACACACUUCAGCAGUUUUUCAUUAAAAAAGAAACUUUUUGUAAUUCUUCUCAGGGCACCUAGAAUCUUCCUGGUAUCCUUGAUAAAUUUGUUGUACUUUUUGGUAUUUUUUUUUCUUUCUAAGUAAUCACUUUUCUGCUUGUCAUA